UCAUCUUCUCUUUCUUGGAGUUCCAUUAUUCGUGUUCACACAGACACUUCUCAGAAGAAGUAUAGUAGUACAAGACAAAAGAAAACCCUAAAACUUUUUUCCAGAAUUGGUAUAAUAUGAAAUGGUGGUGAUGUAACCUUUUGGAUACAUGGCGAUCGCUGUUCAGGCUUUUGCUUGUAGAAGCCAACUCACAUUCAGUCGGCAUCUCGUUUAUUGCUUUCGAAAGGUUCGGCAUAGUAGCUCUGUUGCAGGGGUCGAGUCAGUAGUUGAAUCAGAGGGUGUUACCAACGAAGAAAGCCAACUUCCAAAGCAUUCGCAUGGAAAGAGUAAUGGUGAUUGCAAUGCGCCUGAAUGGAAGAAAUUGAGUUCGAAAGAUCUCGGAAUCAGGACGUCCAUGAUUGGGAAGCCAACAAGAUUGGUUUUAAAUGGGCUGAGGAAAAAAGGAUAUCAAGUCUACCUUGUUGGAGGAUGUGUCCGGGAUCUUAUCCUAAAGCGAAUUCCUAAAGAUUUUGACAUUAUAACGUCAGCUGAACUUAAGGAGGUACUAAGAACAUUUCCACAAUGUGAAGUAGUUGGAAAGCGGUUUCCCAUAUGCCAUGUGCAUGUAGAUGAUACAAUUGUUGAGGUUUCAAGUUUUAGCACCGCCGGAAGGAAGUUUGAAAAGAAUUCGAAUUAUGGCCUCAAAAAGCCUCGUGGUUGCAAUGAGGGUGAUUUUAUUCGGUGGAGAAAUUGUUUACACAGGGACUUUACGAUUAAUGGAUUGAUGUUUGAUCCAUUUGCCAAAGUUGUGUAUGACUAUAUGGGUGGAAUAGAAGAUAUUAAGAAAGCUAAAGUGCGAAGUGUUAUUCCUGCAAGUACUUCUUUUGUGGAGGAUUGUGCUCGAAUUUUACGUGGGCUGAGAAUCGCUGCUCGUUUAGGGUUUCGUUUUACCAGAGAAACAGCUCAUUAUGUAAGAGAAUUAUCUUCUUCAGUGCUGAGACUGGACAAGGGAAGGAUUCUCAUGGAAAUGAAUUAUAUGCUGGCAUAUGGAUCUGCAGAACCCUCUUUGAGGUUGUUGUGGAAAUUUGGACUUCUGGAGAUACUUCUACCCGUACAAGCAGCAUAUUUUGUUUCCCAAGGUUUUCGGAGGCGUGACACAAGAUCUAACAUGCUUCUGUCAAUGUUUUCUAGCCUGGACAAACUUUUGGCACCUGACCGGCCAUGCCAUUGCAGCUUAUGGAUUGGUGUCUUAGCAUUUCAUAAAGCUCUAGUAGACCAUCCGCAGGAUCCUUUGGUGGUUGCUGCAUUUAGCAUUGCUGUACAUAGUGGUGGGUCUAUAUUAGAAGCAAUAAAGAUUGCAAGAAGGAUCUCCCAGCCACAUGACAUGACCUAUGAUGAAUUAUUAGAACCUGGAAGUAUAGACUCAGAUGAUGCCUUGAUCAAUGAGGUCAUGGAUCUUGCAAUAUCAGUGAAAACUGCAUUGUGCAAGAUGACAGACGAGCAUUUUGUUUCCCGCGCAAUGAUCGAAUAUCCACAGGCACCACACUCAGAUUUGGUUUUUAUAUCAUUGGCAUUGUCAUUAAAGGUAAGCACGAUAUUUGAGUGUGUUAGAAGAGGCAAAGAAAAAGGAUUUGUACCAAAAAGAGGGAGUAAGAUUGAUUACGAGUCUUUAGCAUUGGGAAGACUUCAUGAAGUCCGACAUAUGUUCGCAAGGAUUGUAUUUGACACCGUUUACCCUCCUCAGAUGAAGGAGGGAAACUAUUCUGUAAACAGAAGUUCUAUGUAGAUUAUAUUACGAGGAAAGGGGAAGAGCUAAUUUCAAUUUUUGUUUGUGUCACGUGAUCAAUUAUUAUUUCA